UCUGCGUGUGUGUGCGUGUGUGUCGAGUCGUGUGUUGGAUCAGCUGUUGGUUGUCGGUUGGCUGAAGUUUUACUGAAGUCAAUGGUUUUUUUUGUCGUCGCGCGCGAUCUUCAUCGGUAUUAUACGAUAAUCAGGUGAUAUAUCGCGCCCGCGAUGUCGAAGAUGUCGUCAACAGCAGCAAUGAUGGCCAGAUGUGUGGCCAAAGAUCUGUUUGAUGAGAUGGUCGAAGAAACCGAACGACUAUCAAGUGAACUACAGAUGUGCUACCGAUAUAUAGAUCUCUGUCGACAGUAUCGGCAACUGGUGUUGGACUUUAGGAUGGGCUGUAUGUGCGACCAGAUGGCGGCGGCAGCGGCGACAACGGCUGAGGUGGACAACAACAACAAGAACGACAUGACGACAAGGAUCGAUACCGUAGAGAUUGGCUACGCGGCCGUCGAAGAGUCAAUGUUGUUGGCCGUCUCAGGACAGCAACCGAUGGUCAGCGAUCUGAUUAUUGGAUGCGAAGAUAUUCAGAGCGAAUAUAGACCACCGCCGCCGUCGCCGCCGGCAGUGUUGGCGGCGGCGGUGAAGCGCAGGUCAUACACGAAACGUAAUAUUACUGGCGAUGUUGACACCGAUAAGAACGAUGUCAUUGUCAAACUGGUCAAAGAUAGGGCCACCAAUCAGUUGCGCAAACGUUACUACUAUUUCAAUCACAAAUGUCAUUGGGAUGGUUGCGAGCGCCGAUUCGGCAAACGUGACCAACUGUUGGCCCAUAUUAGCAGUGCUCAUACUCAGCAGCGGCCGUACAAGUGUUCACAAUGUGACCGCACGUUUGCUACCGAAACCUAUCGACGACAACACCACGACUUACAACACAAAGACAAAGACGUCGUUGUUCAGCGACAAAUACAUGAAUGCUGUUUUAUUGGCUGCCAGAAGACGUUUACCGGUAUGUCUGGACUGGCAAAACAUCGCCGUACUGUCCAUUCGGACGGACGACCGUUUGUCUGUACGCAGAGUGAUUGCAGCGCCAAAUACAAGUCAAACGAUGCGCUCAAGAAUCACGUACUGAUCAGACAUCCGACGACAACGUCGUCGAAAGAAGUACAAUACCAUUGUUGUCCAGACCAGUCGUGUAGCCGUAAGUUUUCGACGGCACAGAAGCUGGAUGUUCAUCAACAGUCACGACACUCCUCAUCGACGACAACCAGGAGGUCAUCGGUGUUACGCCGUAAUUGCCGCUGCCAUUGGCCGGGUUGUGACUAUUCGGGUACCAAACAAGAGUUGGGCAUACAUUUCAAUCGACACCAGAAUCACAAACCCUACCUGUGCUCGCAUCAGGGCUGCCACCAGACCUACUAUACCGACUACGAUCUCAGACAGCAUACUAUCAAAGUACAUGUUGUGACCAAUCCCGAGGACAAACAGUUCAGGUGUACGGCCAAGGACUGUACGAAAACGUACGCAACCGAACGUGACCUGAAGCGUCACCUACGGCGACACGACCGUAUCUAUCGAUGUUCGUGGCCCGAAUGUGACCAGUCGUAUGCGGCCAAAGUUCAUUUGGCCGAACAUAUGGACAGACAUUUGAAUAGAAAGUCUCAUAAGUGUCACAUCUGUGCCAAAGAGUUUUUCUCGAAAACCAAUUGUCGGACGCAUUUGAAAAAUGUUCAUAAAUUUUAUUAA